GGCAAAACAAAAGGCAAUGGCUUCCACCAACUUUCCUCUCAUCUUCCUCCUCGUACUACUAGGUUCUCUCUAUGUAGCUUUCGGAUAUUCUCUUUCCACAAGAGCUGCUUUUUCAAAACAAGAAGAUGAAUCAUUUCUUGUGGUUACCAAUGAUCAAGGAUCAUCGAUUAUUGUUGUUGAAGAUCUUGGAAAAACUCGAAGUCUUCAAGCUCUAGUCGAUGGCUCAAAAGUUGCUGUGAAUGAAGAAGUUCCUAAGCGACGUUCAGUCAAGAGUUCGAAGAAGAAAAAAGAGAAGAGCAAGAAAACCCAAAAGAAAAAAAAAAGUAAAGGCAAAACAAUUGGAACAGCUGUAGGAGUCAUAGCCGCAGCUAUUGUUAUCCUUUGUGUUCUAUACUUAAUUCAUCGGAGGCGCAAGAAGCAAAAGGCUGCACAAGGGAUUCAUGUUUAAUGAUCAUAAUCGUUAUAUCUACAAUUUUAUCGACGCAGCCAUGUUACAUUAUCUUAGGAGGUUAAAGAUAUUUAUAUCUACAAUUUCCUCUUCUUUAUUGAACUUAUAACCUAUGUUGUACUCACUUAUUUAUCUCUCAAAAACGUAUGCCAUGUAUUUAUCAUUAUAUGCAUUUUUAAUAGAGUGCCGUUUAUAUACAUGAAAAAUGAUCAUAAUCGUUACCCAUCGUCUCAGGCGAAGCUAUGUUUUGG